UUAAAUGAUACACUCCUUAAUGACCCCGCAUACAUUACCCAAUUACAGGAAAAUCUAACCAACUACUUUGCAGAGAAUAACACACUAGCAGUUUCACCCACUCAAAUUUGGGAGGCACACAAAGCCGUACUUAGGGGACACAUUAUAGCUUUGGCCUCUAAACAUAAAAAAGCCAGAGAACAUCAAAUAGUCACUCUCACUGAGGAGAUCAGACACUUAGAAACUGCACAUAAAAAAUCCAUGUCACUAGAGAACUAUAAACAAUUAUUAGAUAAACGAUCCGCACUCCAAUCCCUGCUGAACAUGAAAAUUCAAAGAUUUCUCCUACUCUCCAAACAUAAAUUCUACACUCGGGGCGGAAAAUGUGGACGAUUGCUAGCUAGAGCAAUUCAGAAAGAAAAACAACAAACAUACAUCACCCAAAUAAAAACUUCCAGAGAUACACCAACCCAUCUUCUACCAGAAAUAUUACAGGAGUUUCACUCUUACUACUCGUCCCUCUACAACCUCCGACCCCAGCCACCCGACCCAAACGAU